AUGUUUACGCUUCAACCAACACCGGCUUCCUUAGGGGCAGUACCUUGGUCAGCAGGCGCACUUAUAGAACGGCUACCAACCUUGGAUGAUAUGAAUCAUAAGGACAAUGUACUUGCUAUGAGAAAUUUGCCGUGUUUGAGUGUCAGUAGUGCCACCGGACUAAACGUAAAUGGAAAAGCGGCAACAGCUGCGAUGGAUGCCGCUGAUGGAAGCACCACAGCACCACAGCCACCACAUGCAACAUCAUCGUACUUUGCAACAACUUAUUACCAUUUAACAGAUGAUGAAUGUCACAGUGGUGUUAAUCAGCUGGGUGGAGUCUUUGUUGGAGGAAGGCCAUUACCCGACUCGACCCGACAGAAAAUCGUUGAGCUAGCCCAUUCCGGAGCUCGACCAUGUGAUAUAUCUCGGAUUCUUCAAGUUUCCAAUGGAUGCGUUAGCAAAAUUUUAGGCAGAUAUUACGAAACUGGAAGUAUUCGACCCCGCGCAAUUGGAGGAUCCAAACCAAGAGUGGCCACUGCUGAGGUCGUUAGUAAAAUCUCCCAAUACAAACGAGAAUGUCCCAGCAUAUUUGCCUGGGAAAUUCGGGAUAGAUUAUUGCAGGAGAAUGUUUGCACAAAUGACAACAUACCAAGUGUAUCAUCCAUAAAUCGUGUGCUGAGAAACUUGGCUGCACAAAAGGAGCAACAAAGUGUUGGAACAAGCAACUCCAAUUCGCAUUCCAGCACAAAUCCAAAUGGAAGUGGAAAUGGGAAUGGGAAUGGGAAUGGUAUUGGUAGUAGCAAUAGUAAUACGUUAGGAGUAGCCAAUGGGACAGGCUCGAGCUCAAACAAUGAUCUGAUACAAACAGCAACACCUUUGAACUCUUCGGAGAGCGGAGGAGCCAGCAAUUCUGGCGAGGGCAGCGAACAGGAGUCGAUUUAUGAGAAGCUACGACUUCUGAAUACUCAACACGCUCCGUCAUUGGAUUCAACCGUUCAAUCAGCCGUCGGCAGUCAUGGUCAGCUCAUUACAAGUGUGCCCAGCCAUUUCAGUCCGCAUCCCCAUCCCCAUCCCCAUCCGCAUUCUCAUCCACAUUCGAAUCAUUCGAAUCACUCGCUUCAAGCCCUUGGACACCAUCAGCAACAGCAGAGCUGGCCACCUCGGCAUUAUUCUGCAGGAUCUUGGUAUGCAGCACCUUUAAAUGGCGGUCAGGUUCCACCUUCUCCCGAUGCUGGUUACACAAAUGGCGCAGUUGGUCCCGUUCCCAGUUCCAGUUCCGGUUCCGGUCCCGGUCACCCCUUGAGCCCACCGACUGAUCUCACCAAUAUUGGGGGACCCAAUGUUCAUUUAAGUAACUGCAACAUCGAGGACGAUGUUAUGCUUAAAAAAGAACUCGAUGGUCAUCAAUCGGACGAAACAGGUUCCGGAGAAGGAGACAAUUCGAAUGGUGGAGCAUCCAACAUCGGAACUAAUGAGGAUGAUCAAGCCAGAUUAAUUUUGAAAAGAAAGUUGCAAAGGAACCGAACAUCAUUUACAAAUGAGCAAAUUGACAGUCUAGAAAAAGAGUUUGAAAGAACACAUUAUCCAGACGUGUUUGCACGGGAACGUUUAGCGGGAAAGAUUGGAUUACCUGAAGCGAGAAUACAAGUCUGGUUUUCAAAUCGACGUGCCAAGUGGAGGCGUGAAGAAAAGCUACGAAACCAGCGACGAACUCCGAAUUCGACUGGUACAAAUGGUACAAACACCUCCUCAUCGACCUCAGCCACAGCAUCCAUGACCGACAGUCCCAACAGUCUAGGUGGUUGCUCUGCGCUACUGGUCGGUGCUACUAGCAGCGGUCUAAAUGGUGUAGCUUCACCGAAUUCAAUAGCAACACCAACUGGCGGAUCUGAGACAUCCGACGUCCAUCAUUCGAGCUCAAGAAGUGGAGCUCAUGGCAUUGGAGGUGGUCGACUAAAUGAAGACGUGGGCAAUGCAUGUUCCCCUGGCUUGGGUAUUGCUGAUCAGCAUCCGCAUCAACAUCAACAUCAGCAUCAACAUCAGCAUCAACAUCAGCAUCAGCAUCAACAUCCGCAUCAACAUCAACAUCAUCACGUUGCUCACACUCUCGUCCAAUCGAUAUCACCUCGUCUCAACUUUAACAGUGGCUUCAGUAGUUCGAUGAGUGCCAUGUAUUCAAAUAUGCAUCACAAUGCGAUAUCGAUGAGUGAAGGAUAUGGUCCGGUUUCAUCAAUGCCCAGCUUCAACCAUCCAACGGUCGGCUCACUGGCUCCGCCUUCGCCGAUUUUACAACAGAGAGAUCUGACGCCACCCUCAAUGUAUCCGUGCCACAUGCCACUGCGUCCCCCGCCCAUUGCACCCCAUCAUAUUGUCGGUGUUGGCGUUGGCGUUGGUGCUUCAAAUGAAAGCGCAACUGUGAGCAGCAGUCCCACAUUGAAUGCCUCAAAUGCACAUCUAUCGAAUGCUCCUACAAAUGGUCCUACAAAUGCAAAUGCGAAUGCUGCUGGUUACGAGGUGAUUUCCCCUUACGGUCUGCCACCGCCUCCUCCGCUUCCGUCACUAGCAGCGGCGGCCGCAGCAUCAACAUCAUCAUCAUCAACAUCAUCAUCAUCCGCUCAUCACACCAUGGAGGCUGCUCGCCAAUCGACUUGCAGUCCCAAUCAAAUGGGAGUUGGAUUGGGACCAGGACCAGGACCGGGACCAGGAUUUGGCAGCGAUAGUAUCUCAUCAUCAAUGCCUUCCUACGCACACAUGAGCUAUAAUUACGCGGCAGCGGCAGCAGCCAAUGGAGUUGCCCCAUCCGGAGGCACUCACAACAAUUCACAUGGAUCCGCACAUGGAAAGCAGCAGUUUUUUGCCUCGUGCUUCUACUCGCCAUGGGUUUAAAUUGCAGUCAGAUAUUCGAAAUUAUAAUAUCUGCUUUCAUCAAAGAAUUGUUCAAGUAUUUAAGCACCCAAAACACUUUUCAUAUCGACAGACGGACAGACAGACAGACAGACAGACAGACAGACAGACAGACAGACAGACAGACAGACAGACAGACAGACAGACAGACAGACAGAUUAACAGUCCGGCAGCAACUCCAAAAAUCGAAUUUACAUAUCUCUUACUAAAAAUACUUACUUGAAAUCAUUGAUAUACUUACUUGUACUCGUAAGCAUGGAGGUUGUAGAAUAAAUGCAUAUGUAUAUUUCCGCCCAAGGAUUCCACCAAUCAUUACAUUAAUUGGUGUGAUUAUUCAAUAUAAUUUUGACUAACCAUGUGUUGUAUA